UUAUAACUGCGUUUAUUUUCAUACAAAUUAAAUAUAAAUUAAAUUUAUGUUUAUGUUUAUCAUCAGAAUAACAUCUGUUUAAAAUGAGAUUCGCUAAAUGAAUUAAAGAGUGUGACUUUGAAUUCUGUUAAAUUUUGUCUGUGUCAGUUGCUUAACACAUAUGCGAUAUCUCUCAUAUUUAUCUGGGAUAAUUAUUUAUUAGGCAAAAAGGUAGAGAUACUACAGAAGAUUUUUAAUUCGGCCAUGAGUGAGUGUGUGUAUUAUCAACCGUCCAUACUAUUUCUGGAUAAUUUGGAAAGCAUUACCAACGCAUCAUCAAAUGAUGAGGAAAAUACGAUAGAUGCAACGAAUGCUUCCAGAAUUACCGAUGUACUGAUUAAUACCAUCACGCAAUACCAGAAAUCUCAUUACAUCUCGAUCGUCGCUACUUGUGCCGGCGUGAGCAAAAUUGGUUCGAAAUUACGACCGGCUAGGGGAGCGCAAUUCUUCAGGACAGUUCUGCAAAUUCCCAAUCUCGAAAGGGUGGAUAGAAUCGAUAUUUUGCGAUUAACGCUCGAGGACAAGUUGUGCGUGCCCGGAGACAUGAAUUGGAAUUACUAUGGAAACAAGACCGAGGGCUGGAUGCCUCAGGAUCUCGUCGACCUAGCGGAGAAGGCUACGUUUGUCGCGUGGAAGCGUCACGCGGCAGAAAGAUUGGAAUCACCGAUUACCGUGACGGAGGAGGACGUUAACACUGCGCUGGAGGAUUGCACGCCGAUGUCACUGCGGGAUGUGCAAUUGUACAAGAGCGGCAGUCACUCUUGGUCCGACAUUGGCGGAUUGGCAGACACGAAAAGAUCCCUCACGGAAAUUUUGCAGUGGCCGCUCAAAUAUCCGAAAAUCUUUAAGAAUGCUCCGAUAAAGCUUCAGAGCGGCGUCCUGUUAUAUGGAAUGCCUGGUACUGGAAAAACGAUGCUAGCCAAGGCGAUUGCCGGCGAAUGCGGCGUAAAUCUAAUCAGCAUUAAGGGUCCGGAAUUGCUGUCGAAAUAUAUAGGUGUUAGUGAGGAAUCUGUGAGAGACGUAUUUGAAAGAGCCCGACGAGCCAAACCGUGCGUUUUAUUCUUCGAUGAAUUUGACAGUCUUGCCCCCAGACGUGGACACGACAGCACCGGAGUCACCGAUCGAGUGGUGAAUCAAUUGCUAACGCAACUUGACGGAGUCGAAGAUCGCGAAGGAGUGGCAGUCGUGGCAGCAUCCUCGAGGCCUGACCUGCUAGAUCCGGCUCUUUUGAGGCCGGGACGCCUCGACAAAUGUUUACAUUGUCCUUUACCGAGCGAGUCGGAAAGAGAAGCAAUCUUUGCGGUUCUGUGCGAUUCCCAAAACAUAGACGAAGCUGAAUUGGAUCUGAAGAAAUUGGCCCAACUUUCCGAUGGCUUUACGGGAGCUGAUAUUAACGCGGCAAUUACUUCGGCGAGACUGUCGGCGUUCGAGGACGCCUUGGCGACUGCGAUGGAUGGCAAAGUCAACACGGCCAUGAUCAAAGUUACGCAAACGCAUCUCGUGGAGUCCGUUCGAUCGACGAGACCAUCCUUGUCCACCAUUGAAAAGUUGAAAUACGCUAAAAUUUAUGCCCGGUUUUCUAAGGGGGACAGCUUCGCGGAGGAUGCGCUGAAGAAUCAAAAAGCGACACUAGCUUAGGCCGAAUAUUUUCUCAAAUUAAAAUAAAGUGUUUCAACAAGGCAAAAAAAUAUAUUUUUAUA